UAAGUGAAGAGUUGAUUACAUUUAAUAUUGUUAUUUACGACGCAUCUAAUCUCUGAGCAGAUGGACGCGGAACUGAAACAACAAUUCGACGAAAUGGGCGUGGAGCCCAGCGGCCCCGUGUUGGACAAAUGCAUAGAACUGGCGAUAUCUUACAACAUUGACGACGCAACCGAAUUUGUGGAGCAAUGGAUGGCAUUCAGUCUGUCGCAUUUGCAAGGAGACGAGCCCACGAUCGCGAAUCUGGGUGAAUUCGAGCGAAAAGUGCUGCAAGUGAAACGGGAAAAGGGCGGCUCAAAGAAGUCGACACAUCAAUCCAAAUCCAAACCAACGAGCGCCUUGGACACGAGUUCCCUAGCCUCAUAUGGCCUGGUCGAAGAUGAUCCCAUGAUGGAUGACUAUGUGAACGAAUCCACAUCGACGCUUCCUCACACACCCAAAGCUAGCAAUGAACGCACCCGCCCAUCUGCCCUCAAGAGUGGCGUUCUCUUUAGUCCCGCCAGCUUCUCUCCUCAGUCGGCUAAACGCGGCACUCCAAGCACAUCUACAGUAACAGGACGACCUGGCGACAUUGUGGACACAUUUGGUCAUCCAAAGCUUCUGUCCGCAUCCACCUGGCAAUCCCAAGUGGAGCAGGCCUUGCCAGUGGUCCAAAAGUUACUGCACAAUGAUGCACCGCUGACCAUGAGUAAUCUAAGUUAUAUGAACGAUUUGCUGUACGAGAGAUGCGAAGAUUUGCAUGAUCGACUGGUGGACAUUGGCCAGGCACUGGUGGAGAAGAAACUGGGGGCUAAGGGUGCCUCCGAUUGCAGUUGGUAUCCCCAGGAUCGACACACGUUGGACGCACUGCACGUUCUCCAUGCCGUGGGCAUGAUACAUUCCGACGAUGAUGGACCUCUGGAUGCUCACUCCGCUCUGCUCGCCGUCCUGGAUACAGAUGACAAGUUUCUGGCUCUCAACUUCUCACAGAUCAAGUCGACAAGCAUUUUUCCGGGCCAAGUUGUGUUGGCCAAGGGUUUCAUACCCAGGGGCGACACCUUUGUGGUGGAGGAGAUUUACACAGAUCGCAAACUGACGCCAGCGCCACCACUCAAGGUAGAUCGUGAAGUGCAGUUCGUAGUCGCUGCCGGACCGUACACACACAGCACGGAUCUCUUCUACGAUCGACUGCAUGAUCUGCUCAAAUACCUUAAGGAUCACAGGCCCGAUGUGCUGCUCCUAACGGGGCCAUUUGUGGACGCGGAGCACUCGCUCGUCGGCGAGCUGGCCGAAACCUUUGACUCCUUCUUCGAAAAGAUGAUUGCUGGCAUCAUGGAGGUGGUGGGCAGCAACACCACAGUGCUGCUGGUCAGCAGCCACAAGGAUGCAUUGGCAACUGCCGUUUACCCCACACCACCGUACACACUGCGCAGAGCGUAUCCCAAUCUGCAUCUGCUGGCCGAUCCCUCGCUGGUCGAUCUGGAUGGCAUUACGUUGGGUGUCAGCUCCACAGAUGUGCUCGAUCAUCUGCUGAGCCACGAGUUUGCCACAAAUGCGGGUGAGCGUAUGCAUCGUGCGAUCAAUCAUCUCUUCAACCAGGCAUCUUUCUAUCCCAUUUGUCCGCCGGCGGAUGAGAACAUGCCCUAUGACUCGCAUCUCGCCCAGAAAUAUGCCCAGCUGAAACAGCUGCCCAAUGUGCUGAUCCUGCCCAGUGAUCAGCGGCACUUUAUACGCGUCGUCAACGACUGUUUGGUCAUCAAUCCGGGACGACUCGCUGACAACAAAGGCGGCACAUUUGCCCGUUUCCUGGUCACUCCCACUGCUCCUACGGCCACCACGAAGGCUCCAAAUAUGUUCAACAGUGUUGCUUGUCAAAUACAACGUAUUUAAGCUAAAUCCAAUAAACCAAAUCAAAAAGAAAUGAAUCA